GCAGUGAUGUCUUUCCUAUGCGAAGCUAUCGAUCGAGAAUACAAAACGAUUUCUGUGCAAUGUUUGACUCCUGCACUUGUGGCCACGAAAAUGACUUACUAUACCAAAGGCUCACUUUUCGUCGUUACUCCUGAAGACUUCGCCGAACGAGCUGUGAACACCAUUGGUCUCACGAAAAAGACGAGUGGAUGUUUCAACCAUGAGAUUCAGGUACCGUAUUUGAUUUCGCUGCAAAUUUGCUUUGAAAUCUCCAAUUAAAA